CUGGCCAAUAAAGUGCAUCCACGAUAGGAAAGCUAAGAACGAUAUAUAGAGACGACGCCGAAUUGCAGUUCAUUCGGUUUGUAGAAAAAGUCAGUUUAGUGUUUUGUGGCGUUUUUUUUGGCUUGUACGCGUGCGUGAAUCAUAUUUUUACAUUUUAAGCAGGUCACGUGACUGAACCGCGCUUGAAGGAUGAAGAUCGCGUGUAUGCUGCUCCUCAUCAUCGGCGCCGUUUUCGCCGCCGACGACGAUGACAAGAGAGAGAAUGUGGGGACAGUGGUCGGAAUCGACUUGGGCACAACAUAUUCCUGUGUUGGUGUCUUCAAGAACGGUCGUGUGGAAAUCAUAGCCAAUGACCAGGGUAACCGUAUCACACCAUCCUAUGUGGCUUUCACUUCCGAGGGUGAACGGCUCAUUGGGGACGCUGCCAAGAACCAGUUAACAUCCAACCCCGAAAACACUGUUUUUGAUGCCAAACGGCUGAUUGGACGCACAUGGAAUGAUCCGUCUGUGCAGCAGGAUCUCAAGUAUCUACCUUUCAAGGUUAUUGAGAAGAAGAGCAAGCCCCAUAUUCAAGUUGAUAUUGGUGGCCAAAUGAAGACCUUUGCUCCAGAAGAGAUCUCUGCCAUGGUACUCACAAAGAUGAAGGAGACCGCUGAGGCCUACUUAGGAAAGAAGGUCACGCAUGCAGUAGUUACUGUUCCUGCCUACUUCAAUGAUGCUCAGCGCCAGGCCACCAAGGAUGCUGGCACUAUUGCUGGACUGAAUGUGAUGAGGAUCAUCAAUGAGCCAACUGCUGCCGCUAUUGCCUAUGGCCUGGACAAGAAAGAUGGGGAGAAGAACAUCCUGGUCUUUGACCUUGGUGGUGGUACCUUUGAUGUGUCCCUGCUCACCAUUGACAAUGGUGUCUUUGAGGUUGUGGCUACCAAUGGUGACACUCAUCUGGGUGGUGAAGACUUUGACCAGCGUGUCAUGGAGCAUUUCAUAAAGCUGUACAAGAAGAAAACCGGCAAAGAUGUGCGCAAGGACAAUCGUGCUGUGCAGAAGCUUCGUCGUGAGGUGGAGAAGGCUAAACGUGCACUCUCAGCUCAGCACCAGGCUCGUAUUGAGAUUGAGUCCUUCUUUGAAGGUGAAGAUUUCUCAGAGACACUCACUCGUGCAAAGUUUGAGGAACUGAACAUGGAUCUCUUCCGCUCCACCAUGAAGCCUGUGCAGAAAGUCUUGGAGGAUUCUGACCUGAAGAAGCCUGACAUUGAUGAAAUUGUGUUGGUGGGUGGCUCAACUCGUAUCCCCAAGAUUCAACAGUUGGUGAAAGAAUUCUUCGGUGGAAAGGAGCCGUCUAGGGGCAUCAACCCUGAUGAAGCUGUAGCUUAUGGUGCAGCUGUACAGGCUGGAGUGCUCUCUGGAGAAGAAGACACUGGUGACCUGGUUCUGCUGGAUGUUUGCCCUCUGACUCUUGGCAUUGAGACUGUGGGAGGUGUUAUGACUAAGCUGAUCCCAAGAAACACAGUGGUGCCCACUAAGAAGUCCCAGAUCUUUUCCACUGCCUCUGACAACCAGCCAACUGUUACAAUUAAGGUCUAUGAAGGUGAGCGUCCCCUAACCAAGGACAAUCACCUCCUGGGUACCUUUGACCUAACUGGAAUCCCUCCCGCACCCCGUGGUGUCCCUCAAAUCGAGGUGACAUUUGAGAUUGAUGUCAAUGGUAUCUUGCGUGUCACUGCUGAGGACAAGGGAACCGGCAACAAGAACAAGAUUACCAUCACUAACGACCAGAACCGCCUCACGCCUGAAGACAUUGAACGCAUGGUGAAUGAUGCAGAGCGCUUUGCCGACGAAGACAAGAAACUCAAGGAGCGCAUUGAUGCCCGCAACGAGCUGGAGAGCUAUGCCUACUCACUGAAGAACCAAGUGGGUGACAAGGAGAAGCUGGGUGGCAAGCUGUCUGCAGAGGACAAGGAGACCAUAGAGAAAGCAGUAGAGGAGAAGAUUGAGUGGCUUGAGUCCCACCAAGAUUCUGACACUGAAGAGUUUCAAGCAAAGAAGAAGGAGCUGGAGGAGGUGGUGCAGCCCAUUGUGAGCAAGCUGUAUGGCAGUGCAGGUGGGCCCCCACCUGAGGGAGGAUUCGAUGAGCAAGCUGAAAAGGAGGAGUUGUAAUAUUGCUUCACCACUGAUUGCCAGGCUUCUUGGUCCUCCUGAAGUCUUGCUUUAGUGGUCGCCGGUGUAAAUACUGGAAUAAAAUGAACUGCGAAGUGGGGAAAACACCAAACCCCAAAUCUACAAGAAAGACUGAAGGAAGGGAAAAACGAAAUGAAUGUUGUAUUCUUCACGGAAAGUGGAGAUUUAAGUUGGCCUUGAUUCAGGCUUACUUCUGCUGUUCUCAGGCAGUUUAGGGGUGUAUUGUCUUUUUUUGGGGGGGGUUGGAUGGGGUGGGAUUUGGAGCGAAUGACAGGAUAAUGGGCACAUGCUGUUCAAUAUUAAAUGUUCAAAGUUAUUUAUUUGAUCUGGUCAUUCUCGCCAAUUGGCAGGAACCUUUCAAAGGGUUUCACGUUAGAAAUAAAUGUUUGAUACAAACACCCUGACUUGAACUUCAUUGUGGUGAUGGAUGUCAGUGGUAACGCAGUAUCCAAUAGCACUGGUUAAUGUGUAAUGCAAUGCACUCCACCUACCCCACAUUGUACACUGAGUCAUAACAUUCCCAUUUUUAUAUUAAUAAAGUUGGAAAAAUACAAAAA